AUGUCGGUAGCAGCAAGCGUUCUCGGCUACGCCGGAUUGGGUUUCCUCACACGAUGCUAUGCUCUUGGUCUGCAGAAGCGCAACAUCUUUGAAAACCUUGGAGGACACGCUAUGCUCAUGUCCGCAUUUGGCGCGCUCGGAUACUACGUUCACGGCCUCGAGGGUCGUCAGUUGGAACUGAUCGCACAUAAGAAGGAGCAGAUCCUCAAGAACCGCGAACGUCUCGCAAACGCUUCCUCCUCAUCCCAUGACGAAGAGUAG